AAAUGUCGAGAAUAGGAAGUGUAUCAGUAGUAGGGCUUAACAUGGCUAGUUAAAUAGUGUCUGGGCAAUACAAACUAAACGCUUUAGUUUUUCCAGGUCUUCGUCUUUAACCUUGAAUAUUUUGUAGAACUUAAAGGUACUCGGCUCGUCCAAGUAGUUAGGUCACAAAGAGGGUGCGGUUUGUUGGGUCUUUGUGUGGCCCUGGCGUUGUAGCUCAACGUCUUUUUAGCCAGUUGACUAGCUUAGCUUUGCAUUGGAAUUUGUUAGCUUGUCUGACAGCUACAGCAGCUAUAACUAACGAAGUUAGUGAAACCAGAGGGAAUUGGGUUUUGUUUCAUCUGGUCAGUGUGUUCGUCAUAUUUAUUUAUGCUUCUAACCACAGUGGAUCUCAGCUCUACCUGAAUGUUUGGUGUUAGAUAUAGCAACAUCAACAGCUACAGCUAGCAUAUUGUUAGCCUGUCAUUAUAAGCUAUGGAUUUAAAAAGGUGUUUAAAGACAACGAGAACAUUUUAUUUGUUCACCAUUCUGCUGAUCGUCUUCGUCACAGUAAUAACAUCUGAUGAGGAGCAAGACGGAAAUGACGGUCCAGAGCUGAAGUCUUAUCACGACCCCGAAAAUGAGGAGGAGGACGUACAUCUGGUGUCGUCAGUAAUUGUGGCAAGUGCCUCUGUGGCCUCUGGUCAUGAAACCUCACACACAGAAGAGGAGAAAUCUUCACCUGUAGAAGGACUGGAGGGAGAGGAGAAAGAGGACCUCCCUGACCAGCCUCCUCCACCUGAGGAGAAACCUAAAGAGGUUCCAGUGGUGAAUGGAGGUACAGCCCAUGGAGAGCCCUGUGUCUUCCCAUACUUAUUUCAGCGGAAGGAGUACAGGGAUUGUACCACCGAUGGACGGGGUGAUGGGCGGCUGUGGUGCGCCACAACCUAUGAUUAUGACCGGGAUAAAAAGUGGGGGUUUUGUGAAACGGAUGAGCAGGCACAGCAGAGACUGGAGGCAGAGGAGGCUGAAGAGCAGUAUCAGACUGUCCUGCGCAUGCUCAAUAUCACCACCAGGAGGACACAGAAAAAAGAGUUGUAUGAAAAGCUGCUCAAAGUAGCAGAGAAGGGUCAUCAGAAAGCCAUGGAGAAGGUGGCCUACGCCAUGCUGUUUGGAGAUUACAUGAACCAGAACAUCACCAGGGCCAAAGAAAUAUUUGAGAAGCUCGCCAUUGACGGCUCACCCAAAGCUCAGAUGGCUCUUGGCUUUCUGUAUGCUGCAGGACUUGGAGUUAACUCAAGUCAAGCUAAGGCCUUGGUUUACUAUACCUUCAGUGCUCUCGGUGGGAACUUGGUAGCUCAUAUGAUUCUGGGCUACAGAUACUGGGGAGGUGUGGGUGUCCCCCAGAGCUGUGAGUCAGCUCUAACACACUAUAGGCUUGUGGCAAAUCAGGUGGCCAGUGACGUGUCUCUGACUGGGGGCUCGGCUGUGCAGAGGGUCAGACUCCUGGAUGAGGUGGAGAAUCCAGGGUCCACCAGCGGGAUGUUGGAGGAGGACUUAAUCCAGUACUACCAGUUCCUUGCUGAGAAAGGAGAUGUACAAGCUCAGGUGGGAUUGGGUCAGCUUCAUCUGCAUGGAGGACGUGGAGUUGAACAAAAUCACCAGAGGGCGUAUGACUACUUCGCUCAGGCUGCAAACGCAGGGAAUACACACGCUAUGGCUUUCCUUGGCAAGAUGUAUUCGGAAGGCAGUGAGUUUCUCCCUCAAAACAACGAGACAGCACUGCAGUACUUCAAGAAGGCUUCAGACCUGGGUAAUCCAGUAGGACAGAGUGGCCUGGGAAUGGCCUAUCUAUAUGGAAGAGGUGUCCCAGUGAACUAUGAGCUGGCACUGAAAUACUUCCAGAAGGCAGCAGAGCAGGGCUGGGUGGACGGACAACUCCAGCUGGGCACCAUGUAUUACAAUGGAAUUGGUGUGAAGCGUGAUUACAAACAGGCACUGAAGUUCUUCAACUUGGCCUCACAGGCAGGUCACAUCCUGGCCUUCUACAAUCUGGCCCAGAUGCACGCCACUGGCACUGGUGUGAUGCGCUCGUGCCACACUGCUGUUGAGCUUUUCAAGAACGUGUGCGAGCGCGGUCGCUGGUCAGAGCGUCUGAUGAUGGCCUAUGGCAGCUAUAAGGAGGGUGAGACUGAUGCAGGACUGGUGCAGUAUCUCCUGCUGGCUGAACAGGGCUACGAGGUGGCCCAGAGCAACGUGGCCUUCAUUCUCGACCAGAAAGGGAUAAGGAUCUUCAGUGACAAUGAGACUUACCCUCGUGCUUUGCUCCACUGGACAAGAGCUGCAGCUCAAGGUUACACUGUUGCUAGGAUCAAACUAGGGGACUAUCACUUCUAUGGCUAUGGGACAGAUGUGGACUAUGAGACGGCAGUCAUCCACUACAGACUGGCAUCAGAGCAGCAGCACAGUGCUCAGGCCAUGUUCAACCUGGGUUACAUGCAUGAGAAAGGCCUGGGCAUCAAGCAGGACAUCCAUUUAGCUAAGCGUUUCUACGACAUGGCUGCUGAAGCCAGCCCUGAUGCUCAGGUCCCAGUGUUUCUGGCUCUGUGUAAGCUCGGCCUGAUUUACACACUUCAGUACCUGCAGGAUCUUAAUUUGGAUGAGUUGACUUCUCAGGUGGACCUGGACCAGCUGCUUGGCCCAGAGUGGGACCUCUACCUUAUGACUGUCAUCGCCCUACUCUUGGGCACCGUCAUCGCCUACCGACAGCGCCAGCACCAAAUCAUAGUGCCGCCUCGUCCACCUGCACCCGUCCCAGUGCCGCCUGCCAGACCUGCUCAGGAACAGCCACAGCCACAGGCCCAGGACGAGACCCAGGAUCAGGGAGAAACACAAGCCCAGGACCUGGCUCAGGGGGAGGUGGAUGAGGAGGAGGAGCAGCAACAGUGAGAGGAGGCUAGACGGAGCAAGGACAGGAACAGACAGACUCAAGCUGUGUUGGCACCACUGCACGAAGCAGCUGCUGGAUACCCCGAGAGUUUGGGCACCUCUCUCUCUGUCUGUUCCACUUCACUCACUGGAAAAAAGACAAAGAUGGCUGCAGAAGUGCGCAGCCUCACAACUCGUUUUCUUUAUUUAAAAUCCAGUCCUAUGCUUUAGAGCAGAGGUGUUCAUGGUCAGUGCUGCGGAACAGUGUUGAGAAGAUGGAUAAUCGCGGACUUGUUUGUCUGUGACCCCCGACAGGAUGCUGUCAGAAGCACCAAGGUCCUCAGCGUGGAAAUAGUCUUGCAGUUGAUGGAUCAAGGGCAUUUUCAUCAACAUAGCUGAGUCUGAUGUGUGCAUUAGGUUUUUCCUCACUUUCCCUUUUUAAGAGAGGAAAAAAAACACAGUUGAACUGCUUCAAUUAUUUUGUGCAGAAAUUAAAAUAAAAAAAAGUGAAUGGAGAUAAUUUUAUUU